ACAAUGCUGAGUGUGUUGACACAUCUCCUCUGGUGUCAUUAACAGGAAUAACAUGACCCCUGAGCCCCCGUGAUGAAGGACAACAUGUGAACUGUGAACAUCAGCGAAAUGACUCAAAUCUUUUAUGUGGGGGUCUACUGCUAUAAAGACUACAUGAAAACAUCUGUGAGGACACAAACAGACUGUGUUGGACCACACAGGUCUAACACAGGCCAGUCAGAUAUUGACGUUCUGAGUCCAUCCAGGCACCGCACACACGAUACUUGAAGCUAAUAAUAGUUGCUGAAUGCACAUAAAAAAUGGCUGAUGCUGAUACUAAUCUGUGAACACAGUGGGAUUCAGAUGGACUUCUGAGCUAUGUGCGACAACAACUUCAACUCUAGCACAGCUGCGUCAACUCUUUGCCUGAGAACUGCUGUGUAUGUGGCCACCGCGCUCAGCUCAGUCCAUCCAAUGAGAGAAUUAAGCCACCAAACUUAACAUGCUGGGCUGCGAGACUUGCUACAAUCAGAUUCCAUAAUGAAAUUAAACAGUAUUUUGCCCCGACUCAAGUUAGACCUAUGCCUUUAAUUACAUCCGCUGUAGCAGUUCAAACAGUGUUUUCCCUCCCACAGAGGCCUCUGUCGGAUUGAGCAACUCACAGCACAAAUCAAUGCUGCUGUAUAGAGCAUGUAUGAGAAAGGGUUAGGCCUGCACACAGCGAGAGGCAACAUCACUCCCACACACUAUCUUUGGCCUCAGCUAAAAGAAGAGUUUGCAACUCUUGCAUGAAUACAAUAUGAAAGGCCAGGGCCUUUGCUCAAACAUAUGUUUCAACCGGCUGUCCUGCCCACAACUGGUCAUUAAGUAUUUUAUGUUAGUUCGGCCUGUGCCUGAUAUUUAUAUCUUUCAACAAACUCCAGCCUGACAACAAGAUUGACUUCCUCUACAAUGAUUAGGAAGAAGUUCAGCUGACGUCAAAACUCAUUUCUUUUAAAGCACAUAUCAACUAUCGGCAGGAAGCCUUUAAACUUUCUUUUGACCUCAGUACAGCUACCCAAAAAAAACCUGAAACUUCACCGCAGGUCCUUACAACAACAACAACACACCAUUCUCUGUGGUUGUCUGCAACCUUUUGACUCAUGGUCUUGUCUGACUACAUCAGUCCGUGCAGUUCCCAGUAAUUUAUUACACCCGCUAACCUGUGUGCGGCUUCACAUGUCCACUACUCAACACGCCACAGAGUACAAACCUGAACUCGAUUACUGAGCACGCGGCGACCAGCGACUCAACCAUCUCUCUGCAAGAUGAAAAACGUGACGCAACAGUUUCUCAGACAGUGAUUAUUUCAAAUGAAGAACCCACACAGAGAACGUACUGUUGUAGACAAAAAGGUGAGCUUCAUACUAAAGUGAUGUCCUGACACUGAUUACAGAGAUUAGCAGGUGGUGAUACAUGUGCUGUUUCAGCUCUGAAAAGUUCAGAAAAUUGAUGAAAUUAAAUAAAAACAUGUCUGUCUGGAUCCUAACAGAUGAGCUAAAAACAUCAGCACACAUCUGUCCUCACCCUACAUCAGCCCAAAUCAAAGAACUGUCCAAGAUCUAUCUGACCUUUCAUAAUAAUGGUGAUGUUAGACUGCCUGUCUUACUAAAUGACUGCCUUUGCUGCCCUCUGUGUCCUACAUUGUUGCCAGUGUCAGGUCUGGCAAACAUCUUAAAUGCACAUCUCUGUUGAAGGUUUUCCAUGUUUGCAUCAAUGUGCAUCGCACAGGAUGAGCAGCUAAUGAGUGCGUGCGGUGCGGGGUGUCCUCAGGAUCGAUGUGUUCAUCUGAAGCUCCUCUCAUUGGAAACACAGCAUACAAGUUAGCUGUACCAACAUGGCCUCGUCUCACCACCCACACUCCAGCGGUGUAACUCAGCCGCACCACCUCUUACUCAUCUCUAGAAAUGUCUUCGGGUUGUGAACGCUGCAGGUCCUCUUCAAAGAGUUGUCAUGAGUCAUGAGUCAUGUUGAACCGCCAUGUUCCUACGCACAUGUGGGCUUUUUGUUACCAUUUGACUUCCACAUAUGCAGGUCUAACAGUGACACUGUGGUCAGUGUUAUCAGCAGACACCUUUUCUGCUCUGGUUAUCACAGCAUUCAUCGGCUCAAACAUGCACAUCCUGUCUGGGACUUACAGGUCUAGCUUCAGUCAUCAGUCAGACAGUACUUACAUGUCACACACACACAGACGUCCUCAGUCUGAUGGUGACAGAACAAUGAGAAAAGGAACAGACAUGUUGUUUCUCAUGAUGUGUUUGCUGUACUGGACUCAAACUGAAGGCAGUUGCAGUGGCGCUAUUGUGAGUAUUUUUGAAGAUGAUAUGGUGCUUCCAGUUGGAGGGGGCUUCAACCUGAGCUGUGACUUCACAUGUUUAGAACGCCAUCAUAUCCCACAGCUGUGGAGGAGGAGUGAACAGGACACAGUGUCCCUUGUCAAUAUGACAUCCAUCUUCCCCAAUGUGAUCAUGGUCCUGAGUAUCAGCUCUGCUACAAAGGCAGACGCUGGUUCGUACUUCUGCAGGACAGAGCCUCCUGAUACAAUCAGCUCCUCGGUCAUCAUUCAGAUAGCAGAUAACCUGACAGCAUCUACCCUGACCACACCCAGCACCCCUCAGCCUGACAGCAGCCAACAAAAAAACAGUGCAGCAGGUCUCUUGGUUCAGAUAUGGUUCUGGGUUCUGCUGGGAAAGACUACCAUCCUCAUCCUCAGUGUGACCGCCCUGGCUGUGAAACACAAGAGAGGAUGAUGAGAAGAGUUCUCCACAACAUCACUUUGUUUCUGCUGUUCACUUUUAAAAUUAAAUUAUACAUUUUAAUUUCUGACUUUUCUAUUCCUCAAAUUAAACAUUUAAUGUCAGUGAAGCAGCUCCAGGAUCAGUCUGUUCUGGACAAAAACAAUAUAUUCUGUAACUUGAUGGUAGUAAUAUGUUUAUUCUGACCACACAAACUGAAAGUGAAUGAUUUGUAUGUUUGUUGUUGCGUAACAAUAAAACAUUUGUUACCUGCAUUACAACUG